AUGAAGGGCUUCGCUUGUCUCAUCCUCGCCGGUCUGGCUUCUGGGCUGGCCACUGUUCGAUCCUCGUGCAAGGACUGCACCGUUAGCACAAUUGCGAAUGGCGUUGUGGCCAACGGCUCAGUUCCCAUUGACACCUCUCCGCGUACCCAUUUCUUUAACACGACGCUCCAGGAGCUGAACUCAACAGCUUGGGAGUACUGGUAUACAGAUGGUGUCUCCGAGAGCGGCGACGCCGCUGUCACGCUCGUCUUCUUCAGGGAUCCAUCGCUCCUUGCUGCAGGCCUUGGAACUCUUCGGGUUUCCGUUGAUGCCGUCUGGGGGAACGGAACUCACUUCUCUACCAUGAUUUUCGCGGACAAUUCGAACGUCACAGACUGCAAACAUGGUGUGGCGGGCUGGGAGAACAAGGGGGUGUGGUCUGGCGGAGCCUGCACGGACUGCUGGUUUAAGAGCGUGGACGACAAUAACUUCAUUGUGCGAAUCGCUGGCACUGGUAUCGAGGGCAACACUGUCGAUGGAACCUUCGAGCUGACAUCAUUCACCCACCCGCGCUACCCGGAUGGUACCAACUAUCCUUCGAAGAGCGCGAGUGUUGAGCUGGCACCCCUGAUCUACUGGAACGAGGCUAUCCCCGCUGGAAAGGUCAAGACAUCUUUUACCCUUUCCGGCACAGAGCUGUCCUUCAGCGGGUACGGCGGCUUUGAUCGCAACUGGGGACCCUUCAUCUGGGAUUUCGUGGCUGAUCACUGGUGGUGGGUUCGCAUCGUCACUGAGCCGUACUCUGCUGUCUUCUGGAAGUACUUCUCGCCAAUCUCAAACCGGUAUCAUGUCUACGGAUACCUAGAGGAGAGCGGCAAGGUGCUUGUCAGAGCUUCAUCAGAGGAAGCCGACAACGGCAAGGACUGGGCGACCAUACAGUUGAAGAAUGACACUAAUGGUGUUCGCGGCUCGUUCGCGGACGAUAACACUGGCUUUAUUAUCGAUUUUCAUUCUGCUGCGACGGGUGGUGUAUGGCAGUUUGAUGUGGAUCAUACCAACGUCGUCUUCGAAGCACCAGGUUCCAACGACGAGUACUCCCGCUUCGCUAAUGUCGCCAAGGGAGGAAAGGUUGGAGGUAAGCAAUUCGCAGGUAUUGCCAAGAGUGAGCAAAAUCACAUCAUCACUGUAUAUCCACUUCCUUGA